UUCCGUGCGGUUAUUUGUCAAAAUAACGCGUCUCCUUGAAUAACUCCCCUAUAUUACAACCCAUUACCGCUAUACUGGACUCAAACCAAAUGAAUUCAAUCCGUAUCCGUAUGAACUCACCAUUAUGCACAUGGAAUUGUCUCCAGCUUUUUUUUUUUUUUUUUUUUUUUUAAACCCAUUUUAGCAUAGCAUGUUAGCUGCUAACAAAGAGCCUGCUUUGGUGGCAUCACUUCGCAGAAAUCGAGUGCGAUUAUUUUGUGAUUGUCGUGGAGAAAUGUGUGCAAAAAUGGUGAAAGAAGAGUUGGAGGAUGAACUUGGUUGGACUGAAGAACAGGACGAGCGCCUGGAAAUCGUUUGCAAGAACCAAGUUGGUUUCUACACCGCAGAUAUCAGUGAAGAAUAUUUUUAUCCCGAGCAGCACGAGCUUUAUUCCACUGACGUCAAAGACAAGGAAGCACAUCUGUACAUUACGCAGGAACCGGCACUGAAGUCCCACCACGUAAAAGAAGAAGAACAGCAAGCCAACAGCGCUGAUUUCCCACUGACUGAUAUAAUUGUCAAGACUGAAGACGAACGUAUCGUCGAACGCCAAAACCAAUCCCAAGCAGACAAGCUCUUACCUCCGCUUUCAGAAAGUGACGACUUAACAUCACACUCGUCCGAGGCAGAUGACGAUGAACACUCGAAAAACAACAGCAAACGCUGGAAAUGCUCUCGAUGCGACAAAACUUUUGAUGCCAAGUAUACUUUAAAAAUACACAUGAGAAUCCACACCGGAGAAAAACCUUUUGCCUGCUCAAUUUGCGGUAAAACAUUCACUCAACGAGGACAUUUGGGAACACACUCAAGAAAACACACCGGGGAGAAACCUUUUGUCUGCUCGUUUUGUGGGAAAAGUUUCUCCGGAAAGGGGAAUUUAAGAACACACACGAGAACGCAUACGGUAGAGAAACCUUUCACCUGUACGGUGUGUGGUAAAAGAUUUUCCAUUAAGGGAAAUUUACGAACACACACAAGAAUUCACACUGGGGAAAAACCUUUUGCCUGCACGGUUUGUGGUAAAACAUUCUCCCAAAAGCCAAAUUUGAUUACACAUGCGAGAACACACACCGGAGAAAAACCUUUCGCUUGCUCAAUUUGCCGUACAACUUUUUCGACUAAGGACGGUUUAAUCAGACACACAAAAACACACACUGGAGAGAAACCUUUUCCGUGCAUGGUUUGUGGGAAAAGGUUCUCUCAGAAGCCAAAUUUGGCGACACACUUAAGAACGCACGGUGGGGGGAAAGAUUCGCCUCAGUUUUUGGUGACAGAUUCCAUCUGAAGACAAGAAUAUAACACAGUUCUUUCUUCUUUGUUGGUAAAGAUUAUAUUGUCCUGAGUUGUGAAUAUGACUGAGUAGUUGUGUGUGAUUUUAAAUAAAACUGAA